AUGUACAAAUUUGAUAAUGCAGAAAUUGAGAAAGAACAAACAAUAUUACAUGUUCCUAAAGAAUGUUAUUUUUAUCUAACAGGACAUUUUCAAUUUGAAGUAUUACAAGGAGAUGUUUAUGUUAAUGGAAUUAAAGUAAUGAAAGGAAAUCAUUGUAUUGAACAAUCACACUUUAGUCCAGCAAUACCAUUUGUUUGUAAAACUAAUGCAGAUAUUCAAUUUAAACCAUUAACAACAAGUUGUGAAGAAUUAUAUGAACUUCCAAGUUCAUAUUUAAUGAAAGAAACAACAAAAGAAGAUACAUUACUUUCAUCAAAUGCAUUUACAUUUGGAGGAAUAAGAAUUGUUAAUAAAUCAUUGGCAAAUAAAAUGAAUAUUCCAAAAAAUUGGAGAAGAGUAAUUCAACGAAUAAAAAAUACAGCAAAACAAGGAGUUGUAAGAGUUGGAGUUGUAGGAGGAAAAGGAGUAGGGAAAUCAACAUUUGUUAAUUUAUUAAAGAAUUCAUUAGUUGAAGAUAAUAAAGUGUGUAUAAUUGAUGUAGAUCCAGGACAACCAUUUUGUGGUAAAAUAGGAACAUUUUCAUUAAUAGUUUGUGAUAAACAAAAUUUUAAUGAAUCAUAUAUUGGAAAAACAUUUUAUGAAGAAAAUAAUUUUGUUAUUGGAUCAAAUAAUUUAGGAAAUAAUACUUGUCUUGUUGUUCAAACAAUUAAAGAACUUAUUCAACUUUAUAUAAAUAAAUAUAGUAAUCUUCCUCUUAUUAUUAAUACUGCUGGAUGGAAAAGUGGUUUUGGACUUGAAUUACUUGAAUUAGAAUUAUCAUUAAGUAGAACAAUGUUUGUUAUUGACAUUAUUGAUUCACCAAAUUCUAUCAUCAAAGAAUUAGAUCAAAUUUGUCCAAUUCAUAUAGCAAUUCAAUCUUGUGUUAAUAAAGGUUCUAUUCUUCCUAAUUUAUUAAUUUCUUCAUUUAAAAGAGAUUUAUCAUUAUCUAAUUUAAUGAUACAUUCAAAUUGGUAUUCUAUUCCUCUUAAAAGAAUUGCUCUUUCUUAUUUAGAUGAUUUUGAUCCUCAUUUUGCUCUUCUUUCAAUUAAUAAUAAAUAUGUAUUUCUUUCUCAUAACCAUUCACUUGAACCUCAUAUUAUUAAUAAUAUAACUGAUUAUCCUGUUUUUUAUAAACCUGAUAAUAAAUCUGCUCUUUCUACAUUUGGAAUUGGAUUGGCUCUUGUUAAUGUAACUUCAAAAACACUUUAUAUAAAAACUUCAAUUGGUGAUGAUAAAAUGAAAGAUGUUAAUACAAUUAUUUAUUCAGUAUUUAUGGAUUCUCCUGUAAUGCAUCCAAUAGUUGAUGGUGAAAUUGGACCUUAUAUGGCAUUAGAUCAAGAUGUCAGUGGAUCAGAACGUUCUCAGUUUAAAUUUAUAAGAAGAAAUUUUGAUUAA